UUUACUCACGGAUCCGCGUCGUUUCACGUCGCGAGGUAUUUUCCACUUAUUCAUAACUGCAUGACGUCAUGUGCACGUGCGGUACUGUAGGGAUGGGUUGAUGGUGACAGGAGGCUGUUUUUUAAUUGCAUCCAAAACAAGCAUACGUGGCAUGUGCAGCGUGGGCGUCGCUCUCAACAGGAUACCCGGCUCCGCGGCGGUGCGCAGAUGUCCUGCGGCCCCUGAAAGCAGCACCACUACGUAGUAGGGGAGCGGUUGACUGUAAAACCCCAAACAGGAAGAAACAAACGCACGAUUACGCCAAAAAAAAAAACGCGGGGACGUGUGAGAUGGAGAAGCAGCCGCUGCCGACGGAUGACCACCAGCCCGAGGCCACGGAGGCCGAGGUGGAGGCCGGCCAGCCGGCCUCGUCCGAGCCGGCGGCCCGAGCGGGGUGGGACAGUAAAAUAGAGUAUUUUUUGGCUCAGGUGGGAUUCAGCGUUGGGCUCGGCAACGUCUGGAGGUUUCCAUACUUGUGCCAUCAAAACGGAGGGGGGGCCUUCCUCCUGCUGUAUGUGCUGCUGAUGCUGGUGGUGGGAAUCCCCCUGUUCUUCCUGGAGCUGGCGGCCGGUCAGGCCAUCCGACAGGGCAGCAUCGGGGUGUGGAAGUUCAUCUCCCCCCGGCUCGCCGGCAUCGGCUACUCCAGCUGCGUGGUGUGUUUCUUCGUGGCUCUGUACUACAACGUGAUCCUCGCGUGGAGCCUUUUCUAUCUUGGGAACUCGUUCCAGUCCCCGUUGCCUUGGGAACAGUGUCCACAACAGGGGAAUGGAACCGUAAAGGAAUGUGAAAAGAGCUCGCCGACGUCGUUUUUCUGGUACCGCAAAGCUUUGGAUAUCACCGACUCCAUCGACGAGACGGGCUCCUUCAACCCGUACAUCGUGGGCUGUCUGCUGGCCGCCUGGACCCUCGUGUGCCUGGGAAUGUUCAAGGGCAUCAAGAGCUCCGUCAAGGUGAUGUAUUUCUCCUCCAUCUUCCCCUACGUGGUGCUGAUCUGCUUCCUGGUCCGGGGGCUCAUGUUGGACGGGGCCUUGGAUGGAAUCGCCUACAUGUUCUACCCCAAGCUGAAGAUCUGGGCGGACAUUCAGGUGUGGCGGCAGGCAGCCACGCAGGUCUUCUUCGCGUUGGGCCUCGGCUUCGGCUCCAUCAUCGCCUACUCCUCCUACAACCCUAAGAACAACAACUGCCACCGCGACGCCUUCACCGUCUCCGGCAUCAACUUCCUCACGUCCGUGCUCGCCUCGCUGGUGGUGUUUGCUGUGCUCGGCUUCCGGGCCAAGAACAAGACGCUGGAGUGCGUCGCCAGUAAUUUAAAGAAGUUAUCCGAGCGCAGCGACGUGGACGUGCACCUGAUGCCCAGCUUCAACUAUUCCGAUCCCAGUUCCGUGACUCCAGAGCUCUACAGGACCUGGUUCGGUCUCAUCGGCAAAAAUAUCUCGGGCAAUUUCACAGACUGUGACCUGGAGAAAGAGAUGCAGCAGGGCGCGGAGGGAACCGGCCUGGCGUUCAUUGCCUUCACGGAGGCCAUGUCCCUGCUGCCCGGCAGCCCCUUCUGGUCGGCGCUCUUCUUCCUCAUGCUGCUCAACCUGGGACUCAGCACCAUGUUCGGCACCAUGGAGGGGAUCCUCGCCCCGCUCACCGACCGCUUCAAGACUCUGGCCAACAACAAGACCAAGUUCACAAUCUUCAGCUGCGUCCUGGGCUUCCUCAUCGGCCUGCUCUUCACGCAGCGCUGCGGGAACUACUUUGUGGCGAUGUUCGACGACUACUCCGCCACCCUGCCGCUCAUCAUCGUGGUGGUGUUCGAGACCUUCAGCGUGUCCUGGCUGUACGGGGCUGACAGGUUCCUUGAUGACAUCGAGGAAAUGCUGGGCUGGCGUCCUCCCGCGAUUUACAAGUACAUGUGGAAGUACGUCUGCCUGCUCGCCAUGCUGGGGCUGCUGGGAGCCACCGCCGUCCGCAUGUUCAUCGAGCGCCCAACUUAUUUGGCGUGGAACCAGGAGACGGCGUCUGAGAACCGCCUGGUCUACCCCGACUGGGCUCUGGCGGUUUUAGCGUUGCUGAUCGUAUUUGCCAUGAUGCCCGUCCCGGUGGCGUUGAUCCACGCCGUCCUGCAGGACAGGACGAGGCGAGCGGCGAGAGGCGCGGUGACCGGUCAGUACCGCAUCGUGAGCACCGACGACAACUGUGAGACUCCGAUGACCGACAUGUCCGAACUGAGUCACAGAAACGGUACCGACGCCUCCUCUCCCUAAACCCUGGACGCUACGUGACGCUACGUGAUGCCACGCGGGGGGGAACGCCAUCGUCAUCAUUGCAGUUCGCAAUUUUAAAGGACAAUUGAAUCUCACAGCAUUUGGUGGGAAAGUGAGAAAAAUGCUUUUUUAAUAUUUAAAAGCUUUUACACUUUAAAAUUAUUUUUUUAUUUUUAACUUGGAAAAAUGUGCAAGGUAUCCAAAGCAGUAUACUUAAAAAAAAAGAAACUUUUAAAAGAAGUGUGUUAUUCGGACAAAAUGGAAUAAACAAUUUGUUGCUUCUUGGUUACACAAGGUAGAAUUUAAAUUUAAAUAUAACUUUAAAUUGUUUGAAUUUUUGUCCAAAUGAGCAAAAAAAACACUGCUUCUUAUUUUGCCACAGACGUCACGUCUCAAGAGGUCAUUCGUCCUUGAAUACAACUUUUUAUCUUCUACUUUACAGUGAACGUUACUGUUAUUGAACCGUAAUGAGAAUUGUUUUUAGGCUGUGCUUAAGAUUGGUACUUAUGAAAAUCAGCUCUGACUGAAUUUAAAAGAACAAAAAGUGGCGGAAUGUCUGACGCCCGUCUCCUGGUCACAUGGGGUCUCGUUGCUGGAGGCUACUUCUCACAGAACAACCAGCCACAGGCUGAAGGCUCCACCUGGUGAAGGUCUGUGGCUGUCUGUUUACCCCAAUGUUGUGUAUGUAUAUAUUCAAUAUUACAAAAAAAUACUCAUGUCUGCAGGAGCAUAAUGAAUCUCGUUUUUUUUUUAAGCUUUUCUGUCCAUUGGUCAAAAUAUUGAGCCAGACUCUGGACAUGAAACGUUUGGCAGCCUUCUGGUGCCGUGGUACAAAUAUAAGGGUCGACUCCUUGUAGUGUAAAUAUUAUUAUUUGUAAAAUGAAAAUAUGCGUCAUUUAUUUUUUUCUCUUCUGAAGCUGAGGUUUUAGGAGGAAAAUAGUUGCAUGUGUGAGUUUGAGUUGGACCAGAUAAAAUACUUUCUUACAUCUAAGUGAUUGUUUUGUAAAAGUAAAUGUUAUUUGAGAAGAAAGGUGUAGUUUACUUAAUAUGUUUGGUUUGUUUGCUUUCAGAAUGAAUCCACAUGUUGUGUAUUUAUGUACUAAAAUAGUAGUACUAAAGUCUCUAAAUGUAAUAUUUGUUGACAUUUUAAUAAAAUUAUUUCAGCAUGA